AUGGAGAAUUUUGCACUGAUGAUGAUGCUCCCACAUUUUCAAUACCCGGCGGUUCAGCUAAACAACGAACAGACCAGACAGAUCAACCGGUGGAUUAGACACACGGCUCCAAACAACGCCGAUGUCAUCCGUCACCUAGUCCCUUUUUUGCUACCAUUCUGCAACUAUAGCAUGAACAGUGUAAAAAACUAUCUGGAACGAGGACUUGGAAUGACGUUCAGACGCAAUCAACAGCCAACCCAGCCAGUUCGACUGACAGAAGACAGCUGCUCCGAUACCGAUGGCGAGGAUGAAUAUGGUCCAACCAGCAGAUUUAAUCAGAAAACUGUUGAAUCCGAUUUCAGAGAUGCUGGUGAGGACGAGGAAAUGGAUGAGGACGAGUUUGACGACGAAGAAUUAGAAGAGCAGGAAGAAAUCGAGAAUGAGGAGCCGGUGCCACGACAGAACUAA